CAUGAAGCGCUUGCCGCGUCGAAAUACAGGCUCAUUUCGCACACCAUUCACCAACGUCUUCUCGACGCCGCAUACCUGCCAACCGUUCUCCGCUCCAUCCGCGCUGCUCUCUUCCCCAACAACGCCCCCGGCGUCUCGACCUUGGUGGCCCCCUCAUCCGACGAGGAGCUGCGUGCCUUGCGCCGCAGGUGCGCUAGCGCCAUGCUAGCCAGCAUCCCGCCCUGGUUGGCUGGUCUGUAUCUAGGCGGGCGAGGCCUUGGCUUCCGGUGGCGGUCCGGACCGGAGUCGAGGCCUGGUGCUGAUGAUGAUGAUGAUGCUGCUCCUGCUUUGGCCACGAGCGAGAGCGAGGCCGAUGUUCCUGGCAGAGGUGGUGCCACCAACGAUAACAGAACUAAUGAUUUAGGUAAUGGAAGUAAAGGGAAUGAGGACGAUGAUCAGCAGCGAAUGCUGUUCGAGAUCGAAGAGGGAAUACUCGAUAUUUUCUCUGACGAAUACUGCAACAAGCACUUGGUGUACAGCAUUUUGGAGCUGAUUUUGGUGAGACUGAUGCCGGAGCUAGCGGAGAAAGGCGUCGUUGAGCUCUGGGAGGAACGUCUGAGCCUGUGAUGGAUUAACUAUGAACAAGUCCUAUGCCUUUCUGUGUGUUUUAGAUACCCUGUUAGCCUGAGAAACGCAUUUUGUAAUUCCACAUGAUGAAGCAAUGUAUUCCUUCUCAGAUAUCAUGAUAUGACACAUGGUCAGACGCAGUCACAAAUGCACUUUUGAUCAUGAAAGGUAAG